CGACGUCAUCAUCGUUUGGAUUUUAGGGUUUUGGGCGCAAAUGGAGCUUGUGUUGUUUCGAAGGCGAUGGAUGGAGCUGGCGGCUUGCGUCGUGUGCAUCAUGGCCACGCUGCUCGUCUAUGGCGUGAUGCAGGAGAGGAUAAUCCGGGUUCCCUACGGCUCCAGCGGCGAAUUCUUCCAGUACUCGCUUUUUCUCGUCUUUUGCAACCGGAUUUUGACGUGCGCCUUCGCGAUAACCGUAAUGCUGGUUCUUAAGAAGGAUCUCUCUCCCGUUGCCCCGAUUUACAAGUAUGGCGGUGUCUCCUUGUCAAAUAUUUUGGCAACCACUUGCCAGUAUGAGGCUUUGAAGUACGUCAGCUUUCCUGUGCAAACGCUGGGAAAGUCUGCCAAGAUGAUCCCUGUGAUGAUUUGGGGAACUUUGAUCAUGCAAAAGAGAUACGGGUUGCGGGAUUACUUGCUGGCGCUUUGCAUCACAGCAGGUGCCGCAGUCUUUCUCCUGUAUGGUGAAGGGGCUCAAACGAAAAGCUUGAGUGGAGGAGAGAAUUCUAUCUGGGGACUCGCUCUCAUGGCCGGCUAUUUGGGUUUUGACGGGUUUACAAGCACAUUCCAGGACAAGCUUUUCAAAGGCUAUAGUAUGGAAGUGUUCAACCAGAUUUUGUACGUGACGCUAUGCUCCUGUGCUCUGAGUACUUUUGGACUCUUGACCCAAGGAAACUUGUUCCCAGCUCUUUCCUUUAUUAGCCGCCACAGGGAUUGCUUCUUCCAUGUUUUCCUUCUGUCUUUGGCGGCCACCGCCAGCCAGUUCUUCAUUAAUCACACCAUUAAGACGUUUGGAGCGCUCACGUUUGCCAUUAUCAUGACCACCAGACAGCUGGUGAGCAUCUUGUUAUCGUGCUUGUGGUUUGCUCAUCCCUUGAGCUGGAAGCAAUGGUUAGGCACGCUUUUGGUGUUUGGAUCGCUGUACUACAAGUCGUACGCUGGAGCGACUGAUCGAACGAAACAAGCGGUCAAAGAGCCAGAGAGUGUGGAACUACAAGGCAAAACGGACACUGCUCAACAAGUAUAG